GGGAUUUUGUCUUCUCUCCGUUUUGUCUCAGGCGCUCAGGAGUUCCUGGUCUCAGAGUCCCCUGGAGAAGGCUGGAGAGCGGUCCUUUCCGCCUCACACCCCAUGGUCGGAGCCUCCAAUGGUGCUCACAGCUCGCACAUGGGACUGAAAGUCAGAGUCGCCACCUCACACGCGUCUGGGCCGGGACAGGGACCGCCAUUCUCGCAGCGGCUUCUACUCCCGCCCUGCUGUGCCCACAGAGGGCAAUGGCGGCGCCCGUGUGGAGGCGCGGGGCUGCGGUUGGCGUGACCUUUGAGGACAUUGCCCUGUACUUCUCCAGGGAGGAAUGGAGCCUCCUUGAUGAGGGUCAGAGACAGCUGUACCUGAAUGUGAUGCUGGAGAACUUUGAACUUAUAUCCUCCCUGGGUUGCUGCUGUGGAGCAGAGAAUGUGGAGGCAGCGACUGAGAAGAACAUUUCUGUAAGAGUGUCACAGGCAAGGAAUCCCAAGUUAGCCUUGUCUUCCCACAGGAGCCACCCCUGUGAGAGUUGUGGGCUAGUCUUGGGAAACAUUUUCCACGUGAUGGAGCUGCAGGGAACACAACACGGACAGAUACUGUUGAGGUGUGGGGCGUGUGCAAAACGGUUUUACUUCAGUGUAAAAUUUCACCAGCAGCAUGUGAAAGAGAAGACUUUCACUAGAGGUGUGGACAGGAUCUCACUUGCAAACAGCUGCAAUUUCAAUGUGUCCCAGAAUCGUUUCACAUGCGGGGAGGUUGGGCAGGGUGUCCUCACCGAAUCAAGACAUCUCCACCUAAAGGCUCCUCAGACCAGGGACCGUCCAAAUGCUAUUUCAACACCAGGGAUGACGUUUCAAAGGAGAAAAAAUUAUUUCAGCAGAAAAGAAUGUAAGAAAGACAUUAAUUGCACCUACACCUUUAUUCAGGAAAAGGGUGUACAUGCUGGAAGUCAGUGUUUUGUGUGCUCUGAAUGUGGGAAAGCUUUUACCAGUAGAAAUGGCCUCCAUUAUCACCUGAGUGUUCACAGUGGAGAAAGGCCUUAUGAAUGCAAUGAAUGUGGGAAAUCUUUUCCCAGAAGCACUGACCUUCGUCGUCAUCAGAGAGUUCACACUGGAGAAAGGCCUUAUAAAUGCAGUGAGUGUGGGAAAUCUUUUUCCACUAGCAGUGAUCUUCAUUGUCAUCAGAGAAUUCACACUGGAGAAAAGCCUUAUACGUGCAGUGAAUGCGGAAAAUCUUUUAGCAGCAGCACUGCCCUUCAUUGUCAUCAGAGAAUUCACACUGGAGAAAAGCCUUAUAAAUGCAGCGAAUGUGAGAAACAUUUUACCUGGAGCAUUACCCUGCGUCGUCAUCAGAGAGUUCAUACAGGAGAAAAGCCUUGUAAAUGAAGUGAAUGUGAGAAAUCUUUUUCAAGGAGCAGUGGUCUCCAAUAUCAUCAGAGAGUUCACAUUGGAGAAAGCCAUUAUGAGUGUAAUUAAUGUGAGUUCUCUCGCAGCCAAAUUUCUAAAUUUGCUCUGCACAAAAGAGCCCAAAUGUGAGAAAUUUCUUAGAUGUAUAGGAAAUGUAGUUUCUUAGUUAGGACUUAACAAUAGAAUAAGAAUAUUUGUGAAGUCUCAUUUGUCUGAAUUAUAUCUCAUACAUUUAAUCACCUACAUUAUGUAACAUCCCCCCAGCUGUUUUUGUUGUUGUGUUUGUUAGUAUUUGUGUUGGUAUCCUAUGUAUCUAUGUUGCACUUUCUAACAUACAGAGAGGUGUUGCCAGGUCUAUGUCACUGCAUAUUUCUGUUGCUGAAGGUAUUUCUCCUGGACCACCUAUAAGGUCCCUACAGAUGGCAUCAAUCACCAUCCUCAUGUGCCCAGGGAAGCUCUUUGUCUAAUUUGUUGAAGAAAAUGAGGAAUACCUGAGCCCUUAGUUCUUACUUGUUUCCUGUUAUGAGUUGUCACAUAGGAUUCAUUACUGUUGGCCCCAGGAAACAUAAUGUUGCAGAGGAACUGCCAUUUUCAGGGACAUGCUUUCCCUGAAUGCCAGUGAUUAAUUUAUUGAGUGCCUAAGUCAUCAAUGGAAGAACUGCCAGUCUCAUGUCUCUUUGGUUUUUGAAAUAAUGAAGGCUUUUCCGUAAGAUUGCUUUAAUGCUGGGUGUUCUAUUGACUCUAUGGGUUAGUUUAUAAGGAGAUCUGGGCUCUCCAAGCAUGAUGAGGUGAAAAACUUAUAUGAGGUCUCAAACAUUUUUGCCCUUGGGGGAAGACUAUGAUGCAGAAAUUAACUCAGUAGUUUUUUCUAAAUUUACAUUCUUGCCCAUAUUUUCCUAGGAAACACUGUGGAGUCUAGUCUCAAAGAUGGAUGCUUUGAGACUCAGAGAUCACUCCAAAGAGGGGGUAGCUGUGACAAUCUCAAGUAUGUUUGGGAGCAGUGUGAAUUUUUUUUCUUUUGUUCAAGGGAUACUAAGACAAUAGAAGGGAACCUCCUGCCCUGGUCUUGCAGAGGGCCAUGUGCCCUGAUGCCUUCAAUUCCAUGGGUGAUGGUCACUGGUUGGAGGACCAUCGCAGUGAGAGGAAACCCUUUCACUGCAGAAACACUGACCUAGUUGUUGUUGGACGAGACUGCAGCCCAUCAAGUGGAAUGGUCCUCAUCUAACUGUGCAUCCAGGAAUGUUUCUGAGGAAAAGACUAUAGGAGUGGUGUGUACACAGAUCUGAGGGACUCCAGGCAUGUUUAUCUUCUGUAGAGCAAUCAAUGUCAUUGAAUAUAAUCGAGGUUUUGUGGCUUCCUGUCACCUCCUAUAUGUUCCCAUCAGAGCCAUUGGUGUGCUGGCAGCAAAACCAAGACAAAGACAAAGGGUGUCUUUAGUCCAGGGAUGUCGCUUUUGUGAAGUAUAGUGUUUCAUAAAUCUUAACAUGUGCGUGAAACUGAAACCAUCAUUUAUACACAUAAUCCUGACCAUAUCUGUCACUGUGAACUUGCUUCAUGACCUCUUUUAAUCUCUCCCUGUUCUUUACAGCUUUCCUAGUAACCAUGGAUUUACAUUCCUUUUUAAUAGAUUACAUUUUCUAAAUAUAUUUCUGCUUUAAUUUAUGUUUCAUCCACACUUGGAGAUUUAUUAAAGAUAUAUUAGUAACUCAUCUUUUUUUGUUCUGAGAAACAGUCGUAUAUUUGAAUUUAUCACCAACAGUUUAUCCAUUUUUUAUAAAUAUUUAUUUAAUAAAGCUGAUACAAACAUU